AUGGUGAAUUAUUCAGCUGACUCUCAAAGUGUACCAAGUGGAAAGCUGUAUGAUCAUUUCCCUUAUAAAUUAAAUACAGAUGACUAUGAAAGAGUGUGCCAAAUUCCAAAGAAAAAGGGAGCAAACUUUAGGGACCUACCCGGAGUGGUCGUUAAAGACAGAAAAGUUGAAUGGGAUCCCACAGUUGAAAGAGUCUUGUUAAAAUCUGGGAAGCCUUUGGUACCCAAUUAUGCCAUGUCAUUUGUUCGUGGGACCUCAACCAAGCCAUUUGGACGUUUGUGGUGGGAUGAAAUUGUGUCUACAGUUGUAACAAGGCCGGAGCCUCACAAUCAGGUCCUUCUCCACCCACACCAAGAUAGAGUCCUUACCAUUCGAGAGAAUGCAAGGUUACAAGGAUUUCCAGAUUGUUACCAACUUCGUGGCUCUGUCAAAGAGAGGUACAUCCAAGUGGGCAAUGCUGUUGCUGUUCCUGUUGCUCUUGCUCUCGGAUACACAUUAGGCUUAGCUAUUCAAGGACUGUCUUACAACAAGCCUUUGACAACUCUCCCAUUCAAGUAUCCAAGUUGUCUUGCCCAACCUUUGGCUAUAGUUGAGGAUGAUGAUUCAAGUUGA